AUGGCCCUUGAACGUAGCACUGUGUGCAUGACCGGUGCAGCUGGUUUCGUUGGUUCUUGGCUUGUCAUGAAGCUCCUACAAAAGGGUUACCUUGUUAACGCUACAGUGCGAGAUCCUGGCAAUGUGAACAAGGUGAAGCAUUUGCUGGACUUGCCUCAUGCUGAGACACGUUUGAAGUUAUGGAAAGCAGACCUAGUUGAUGAGGGGAGCUUCGACGGAGCCAUCCAAGGUUGCACUGGAGUCUUCCACGUUGCUACUCCCAUGGAUUUCGAAUCCAAAGAUCCCGAGAAUGAGGUGAUAAAGCCGGCAGUGAAUGGGAUGCUGAACAUCAUGAGGUCGUGUCUCAAGGCAAAGACAGUUCGGGGGAUUGUAUUCACUUCAUCAGCCGGUACUGUUAUGGGACAAGAACGGCCACUGCCCAAAUACGACGAGAGCUCAUGGAGUGACUUAGAAUUCAUUACGACAAAGAAGAUGACUGGAUGGAUGUACUUUGUCUCUAAGACAUUAUCGGAAAAAGCAGCAUGGGACUUUGCUGAGCACAACAAUAUGGCCCUGAUCGCCAUUAUACCAACACUUGUGGUUGGGCCAUUUAUCAUGCCUUCAAUGCCUCCUAGCUUAAUAACAGCAUUUGCACUAAUCACUGAAAAUGAAGCUCAUUACUCAAUUCUAAAGCAAGUUCAAUUUGUGCACUUGGAUGACCUUUGCAAUGCUCAUAUCUUCUUGUUUGAGAACCCUGAUGCGAAGGGAAGGUACAUUUGCUCUUCUCAUAAUGCCACCAUCAUUGAUCUCCCAAAAACGUUGAGAGAGAGAUUCCCAGAGUACAACGUCCCAACUGAGUUCAACUACGAAGGAGAAAGCUUGGAAGUAGUUGCUUUCUCGUCUAGAAAACUUACAGAGCUUGGAUUUGAGUUCAAGUACAGCUUAAAAGACAUGUAA